UCAUCAGCAGACAGACUUUGCUUUCUUUAUUGCAGAGGCAAAAUCUCAUGUUGUCUUUAUCUCCUAAUGUCAGUGGGACUUAAACCCAAACAAGGGGACAUAGGCUUGGAGCACAGACGGGUAGGCAUGUGAUUCAUUUUCAGAAAAGACUGCCUAGCUUAAUGUAACAGCAUGACAGAACUGCAUGAAGCUGUAGCUUUGGGUAAUUGUGACUUGGUGGAUGAGAUUCUCAAGACAGGGCUGUGUGACCCAAAUUGCAAAGAUAUUUAUUGGAGUGACAGAACGCCACUGCACUGGGCUGCAGCAAAAGGGCACUCAAAGAUAAUAAAACUGCUUGUGGAGCAUGGUGCUCGCCUGUGCUUGAGAACUGAAGCAGGGUGGACCGCAGCGCAUUUUGGUGCUGAAUCGGGGAAGCUAGGAGUGUUAAGAACUCUUCAUUCUCUGCAUGCUCCUAUUGAUGCUGCAGAUCUCUAUGGGGACACACCAAAAAGGAUCGCAGAGAUCUAUGGACACAAAGAUUGUGUCACGUUCUUAAAGGUGGCAGAGGUAGAGUUUAGGGAGUUCUGUCAGAGAGCAAAAUUAAAAGGGACUCAGCUGGACCUGGAGGACGAAGAUUGGGAGCGUAAAAAGGAGGCUUUGAAAAACAAAGCCUACACACAAAAGGAACCCACAAAAAAGCAUGUGGGGAAAGGCGAUGAUCCAACUCCUGGAGUAAGUAAUAAGCAGAACUCUAUAGAUGCAGCCCAGCUGCCUUAGCUAAGCAGCAUAGACACCUUCCUUUUGAGCAGCGCUUACAGCAUCUUUUGGUUCGAUGCAAACCUUUUACUGGGCAUAUCUAGUAAAAAUGAGAGGUGAAACCGGAGCAGCUGGUGCUGGAUGCCAAGAGAUUGAUGCCUGGGGUGGUGAGGUGGAACUGUUUCAGACACAAGGUUUAUAUACUUAUGUCUGUGUUUGCCAUGUCAUUUAUGAACAUUUAUUUUAUAUUUGGGACCUUAGAAUUCUUACAGGAGAUAACACAUCGCUGUAUAAAUCACACUAAAGAGAGAGAUGCUGGUGAUCAGAGAUAAAGAAUCCAGGAGAUGAAUGAAAAGGAAGGGGCUGAAGUUUGCAAACCUUCCCACUGUGGAGAUGCUCAAGCAAACAGCAAAUUGGAGGUCAGAACAAUGAAAAACCAGAGUAUAGUACUGGAUUAUUGACUUAGAGCUUGUAAAGCAGGUCCAGAAUCAGCUCACCUUUUUGCAAUUUCUAUAGCUUUGCAAGAAACAUGUAGAUUGCUGUAACAGCCCAAUUUUUAUUUUCUAAAUCCAAGUAUCUGUGCCCUAUCUGAUGCAACAUCAAAAGUAAAGCAUUUGUCAAACUCCAAUGAUAGUUUGACUUCCAAGUACCAGCAACACAAUUAAUGGUUGUGCCAAUGCCCAAGAUUGCUGCACCAGUGGACUGUUGUCAGACUUUGGGGGAUUGGAUCCCUCCCCCUGUGGCAGUAAAUAAGCAGAUAAAACAAAAGAAGCUUUCUUACCAGAUGAGUUCUUUAAUAGUCACAGGAAGAUACAAAGGAAUGCAUAUCUCUCUAAAAAAUGGCAUUGCUCCCAGUAAAGUUUCACCCGCUCCGUCCCCAUUAAUCUACAUCAUUCCUACAUUGGGUAAUCUGAGCUUGUUGCUGCUGAGUUCUCUGUUCUAUCACUCUCAAAGUCCAUGUAGUCUUAGGCGAAGGGGGUCAGGAAUGCAGUCCAAGGACACUGAAUCUGCCAACUCUCUCUCUCUCUUGGCAUUUCCUCUUCUAGCUGUUCUAGCUGUUCCUCCCUCAGUAUUUCCCAGCUUUCCCCUCUGGACUAUGUCCCUCUGCAAACCACUGUUCAAAAUGUCCUCCUGCCUUUGGGAAGGUUCAGAAAAACGGGGAGGGGCUCCUCAGUCCAGCUCCUGACAACUGUUAUCCUUUAAAACAGUCAGCGUUUCCACUCAGGAGGAAAAUCUUCAUGCCACACCCUUAGAAUAUGGAAGUAGGAUGAACAGCCACUGAACUUUCAGACUUGUCCAAAGAAAACAAGCCCACUGAGUUAUGUCCAUCAUAAUGAAGCUCCAGGUUUCUGAGAAAUGUAAAUAUGGAGAGUAUUCUUUUCACAGGCAUGGUGUCAUAUGCUCAGUUUUGCAUGCUUAUUUAGAAAAGCUAAGUAGCAUGGAUAACAGUAAUUUAAAAACCAUAGGAGAAACACGGUGAGUUUCAUUAACUCUUUAGGAAACCUGAAGGUUGGAGUUCCAGCUGCUAUAAUAAACAAAAACUUAUCUUUUUGUUGUUGUUUUGGGAAAAAAUAUGUAUAAGUCAAUCUUCUUAAUAGCCUGCUACUAUUAAACUGCGAUUGGGCUCACCAUCUGAAUUAGUUUGGUAGCAAAUAUAUUCAAAAGUUUGUGGACAUUUUGAUACAUCAUUUUGAUAUAUUCUGAUACAUUUUGAUAUAUAUUUUGAUAUAUUCUGGACACACUUGGCUUCCCCUAAACAAUCCUUGGAACCACAGUUUGCUAAGGUUACUGGAAAUUGUAGCUGGGUGAGUGGUUUCCUUGAUAAUUUAGGGGAAGCCUUUUGCUUUAAAUGUGAUUAAAAUGUAUGUUGUGGAUGUGACCAGACAUCUUAGGAGUUUCAAGAAGUAGACCCUUUCCCUUAGAGCUGCAAUGAGACAAAGGGGGAAGUCUUUCUAAACAAAGGAUUCCUUCCUCCUAGUCUUCUUCAAUUUCAUUUCUACUCCACUGGGGGGGGGGGGCGUCCCUUCCAUUGGCAAUAUAGAAGGGGAGGAAAGAAAAAUAACAGACAAGCAAAGGAAUGAAACUGCCUCACUAAAGGGUUGCUUUUAAAAGUCUUAACCUGAAGGACUACCAUGUCCCUUUAUGCACCAUCCAGAAUGGAGUAUCAGAUCCCUGGGAUCCUUGAGAGAAGGUCUCCCGACUGUUCCACUGUCAGGAGUAUGGGCAGAGUCAGGCUCUGGGGCCUGUAGUGCUUUGCAGGACUGGGACCUGCCUCAGCUUGUGCUAGAGAAGCAAGGAGUGGCCACUCAGGUGAGGCCUCAGCUUGUGCUAGAGAAGCAAGGAGUGGCCACUCAGGUGAGGCCACUUGAUAACUCACUGCACCUAGUGGCAAGAGCUGGGAGGGAUAAAAGCUCAGCAUUUCCCUUCAGCUCUUUGCCACAGCAACGCAAUCCCUGCCUUGUUGCAUCUGGCCUCCUGUUCCUUGAUCCUUCGCCUUGCUCCUCGACCCUUGGACCUUCACCUUCGUGACUCCUUGCUCUUCGACCUUCAGACCUUCGCCUUCGUUACACCCUGCUUCCUGACCUUCGGUUCCUUGACCCUGUGACUGCCUGCUGCUGGACCCUCAGCCCUGCACCACCUGGAUUCCCGUUCCUGCUUCCACUCUGCCAUCUUGCCUCUGGUCCUCACAUCCUGAGUCGGGACUGCUACCUCCCGCCAACCAGACCGUGACAUCCACAAUGAUCUCCUCUUCUGUUAGGGCUCAUCUUUUGCUUGCCCUGUGCCUAGAAAGCAGCAAGUGUCUGAGCGGUUUCCCACUCGUCCAAGCCCUGUGGCCUUGGCUCGGCUUCUUUCCCGUGAAAACCCACUCUUCAGCACUCAUUCGGAACCAACCCCAUGGCCGUUUGUUCCAAUUCAGUGCUAUACCAUGGGUUUUCCUGGGGGGAAGUGGCAGGGCAAACGGAAGUGUGGGUGAGCCCUUACUUUCUACACCAAGAGGCAGGUCAGGUGGUGGCACCUUCAAGAGGAAGACUUCCUCUGGAAACUAAACAGGAAGCUGCCAUUCUAAUGUUUUGUCACCUGCUGAAAAUGUUCUUUUUCCACCAAGCAUUUUUGGAUAAUUAAUUUGAUUCAAUGUUGGUCAUUUCUCUGCAUUUUAUAAUCUUAUAGUGUUACAAUAUUUUAGUGAUGUUAUUUUCAUGAGUGGGCAGUUUAUACAUAUUCAGAAAUAUAAAUAGAUAUAAUAAGUAACAGUGGAUUGAAGCUUAAAUUAAAGGGUUGGAAUCCUACAUCAUGCUAAGACAGUGGUUUUCAACCAGUAUGCCAUGGCACCCUGGGGUGUCUUUAAUAACAAUAUAAUAUAUAAUAUUUCCCCAGCCACUUUGGGCAGCUCACAACAUAUAUCAAAACAUACUAAAACAUCAAACAUUAAAAAACUUCCCCAAACAGGGCUGCCUUCAGAUGUCUUCUAAAAGUCAGAUAGUUGCCUAUUUCCUUGACAUCUGAUGGGGCGGGUGCCACUACCAAGAAGGCCCUCUGCCUGGUUCCCUGUAACCUCACUUCUUGCAGUGAAGGAACCACCAGAAGGCCCUCAGAGCUGGACCUCAGUGUCCAGGCUGAACAAUGGGGGUGGAGACACUCCUUCAGGUAUACUGGGCUGAGGCCAUUUAGGGCUUUCAAGGUCAGCACCAACACUUUGAAUUGUGCUUGGAAAUGUACUGAGAGCCAAUGUGGGUCUUUCAGGACGGUGUUAUAUGGCCCCGGCGGCCACUCCCAGUCACCAAUCUAGCUGCUGCAUUCUGGAUUAGUUGUAGUUUACAAGUCACCUUCAAAGGUAGCCCCACAUAGAGCGCAUUGCACUAGUCCAAGUGGGAGAUAACUAGAGCAUGCACCACUCUGGCGAGAGAGUCCACGGGCAGGUAGGGUCUCAGCCUGCGUACCAGAUGGAGCUGGUAGACAGCUGCCCUGGACACAUGUGUCUCCAUGGACAGCUGUGAGUCCAAAAUUACUCCCAGGCUGCGCACCUGGUCCUUCAGGGAGUCCUCCACACCCACCUGCCUCCUGUCCCCCCAAAACAGUACUUCUGUCUUGUCAGAAUUCAACCUCAAUCCAUUAGCCAUUUUCCAUCCAGACACUCACAAAUAACCUUCACUGCCCUCACUGGUUCUGAUUUGAAGGAGAGGUAGAGCCGGGUAUCAUCUGCGUACUCGUGUCUGUGGGCAACCCUGCCCUCUGUCCCUCUUUCCAUCCCUCCCUCCUCUGAUGCCCUCUCACAUCUCUGAUUCUCAAAGGCUUGCACAGCUGUUUAUUGCAGCAACCCUUGCUAUAAGCUCCACAGGGGAAUGGUGCCUCUCUUUGGGGCAGGGGGGCACCUCAGAGACCAGAGGACUCCCAAGGAGAGGGGGGAGGGGGCUGCUGGAACAGGGUGUUCGAAAAAGUGUGAGAAGCUGCCAGGUCUGCAGGCAAGGGGUGACAUAACUGGGCUCCGUCCUGAGCCCCACAGGGGUGCUGCAGAAAAAAUGUAGUUGGUCAAGGGAGCUGUGGACCCAAAAAAGUUUGAAAAUCUCUGUGCAACCCCAUAUUCUCGUCAGUGGUAGCUCAUAACACUUUGAAUACAUAGAGCAGGCAUCCCCAAACUGCGGCCCUCCAGAUGUUUUGGCCUAUAACUCCCAUGAUCCCUAGCUAAGAGGACCAGUGGUCAGGGAUUAUGGGAAUUGUAGUCCAAAACAUCUGGAGGGCCGAAGUUUGGGGAUGCCUGACAUAGAGCUUUCUGCUUUCAUCACUUGUACAGCACUUAUUCGGGAAUGUGUGUCAUUUCACAUAAGCAGAGUGCCACUGACGAAAAGUCCAUUAUCCUCUGCACAUCUGUGGACGAAAGAAUAACUUAUAUGUAAGAGUGUCCAAGGUAUGAUUUUCAGACAAGAUUGACUCUUUGCUCCUCGCAGGCUCCCUCAGACAGACACAAAUAUUCUUAAUUUUCUUGCCCUUUCAUCCAGCCCAUCAUAAUGAUUGGUGUUUUCUUUAAUAGCCUACUUGUAAUGCAUAUUUUCACUCAUUCUUUACUGCAGUGGAAAGGUUAUGCAUAGUUCAACAAUCUGUCUCUACAUAGAAAUGGUUACAGGUAGGUAGCCGUGUUGGUCUGGGUCGAAGUAAAAUAAAAAAAUUCCUUCAGUAGCACCUUAAAGACCAACUAAGUUUUUAUUUUGGUAUGAGCUUUCGUGUGCAUGCACACUUCUUACGAAAGCUCAUACCAAAAUAAAAACUUAGUUGGUCUUUAAGGUGCUACUGAAGGAAUUUUUUUUAUUCUACAUAGAAAGAUUCAGUUGGCUCACUACUUCACAGAAAGACUCCACUAUCAUUUUAUUCUAUAGGGACACAAUUUUAUUUUCAAGAUUUUUUAAAGCACAUAGCAGGCAAAUCAGGCUACAAUACAGGCUCAAUCAAACAACAAAACUGCUUUAUCAUCUCCGUUCACAGGAUUUUAAUUUAAUGCAAUUCCUCUUAUGUCACUUGUCUCACUUCUGGACUACAUGAAUAUGACCGUGUGUUUGGGAUGCAGCUCACGCUUCCAAUCAUUUUUGAUGGAACACAGAAUGCAUCUCUCAUUGCACCUUUUCCAAAUAAGAACAUGCACCUGAUAUAAUGCACAACUCUACUGAAUUCCUUUUUCAGUUUAGGAUUUCCCCAAAUCAAGAGGCUACAUUGCACGGAAGGGCAUGCAUUUAGAAUGGUGGCGCAAAACCGGCUUGCAAGUCUGUCGUCUGGAAAUAUAUUAGACAGAAGGACCAUCAAAGACACAAAAUUUAUGACAUUUAUGACUAAGAGAGAAAUGAUUAUUUUCACAGCCUGAAAAUGGGCAGCCAUGCUUGGGCUGCUGAAACUGGCUAAACUGUUCUGCAUCUGCUGGGUGUGUCUCCACAGAGAAAAGAGUAAGA